AUGUUCGCCACCGGUUUGCUACAACUCCGAGCUAAAGAUUGGUGGGAUGUUUAUAGUAAAGAGAUUGGGGAAGAAAAAGUUCAAGUCUUGACAUGGCAAGAGUUCAAGGAACCUUUUCUAAAGUACCACAGUCCGCAAUCUGCCAUUGACAAGAUCCAAGAAGAUUUCUUACAUCUUCGUCAGAAAGAUGAAACCAUUGAUGAAAUCACCAACGUGUUCCUUGACAAGCUGAAGUUCUGUAAAGAUAUAGCAGGAACGGAAAGAAUGAAGAUAAACCGUUAUUACGGUAUGUUGAAGGCUGAAUAUCGGGAGUUCAUAAUUCCCGCUAAAUGUGAAACUUUGAAUGAGCUCAUUGACUUGGCCCGAGAUAGGGAGAUUGAAAUAAGAAGACAAGCAGAAAGAGGCGAAAAGAGAGUAUCUGAAAAUGUUUCCAGCUCGAGCCCUUCAAAGAAACCAAAAUUUCAAGAUCAAAGCAAGAAGGAUAAGGCGAAGGGUAGUGUUCCGAAAUGCAAAACGUGUGGAAAGUUACACACGGGGGAGUGUUUGAAAGGGAAGAAGGGCUGUUACAAUUGUGGUCAAGAGGGACACCCAUACUAUAGGUGUCCUAAUCCUUCAAGAACGUGUUACAACUGUUUCCAACCGGGUCAUAUUAAGGCUGAGUGUCCCAAGCUUCAACAGAAAACCGAUAAGGAAGCAAGAAAGGAGGAAGCCCCAAGAGCUAAGGGGAGGAUGUUUCAGAUCACAACCGAGGAAGCGAAGGACCACCCGAAUAUUGUAUCAGGUAUAUUCUCAUUGAACUCGAUGCCUACGUACGUGUUAUUUGAUACCGGUGCCAGUAGAUCGUUUGUAUCAAGUGAAUUAGUGUCACACCCCUCCUUUAAAAUCGAAAGACUGCAUGUACCAUUAGAAGUAGAAAUAGCCGAUAGUAAGAGUUAUUUGUUGCACGAAGUUUGUAGAGAUUGUGAAAUAAUCAUUGAAGACGAGAAGUUUGCCAUUGACCUUAUUCCCAUGAUAUUGGGGGAAUUUAAGGUUAUAGUUGGCAUGAAUUGGCUAGCUAAACAUCAGGCCGAAAUUCAAUGUGAGAAGAAGGUAAUUCAUGUGUUAACAUCGGAAGGAAAACGAGUAAGCAUACAAGGGGAAAGGAAUAUCAACUCGAAGCUUUGUUCUAUAGCCCAAGCAUACAAGUACGUACGAAAUGGAAGCAAGGCAUUUCUAACUUACGUGGUGGAUACUAAGCAGAAUACCCCUAAGAUAGAAGAGUUUGAAGUCGUGAACGAGUUUCUUGAUGUUUUUCCGGAAGAUUUACCGGGGCUUCCACCAGAACGCGAAGUGGAUUUCAAGAUUGAAUUGUACCCUGAUGCCAAACCCGUAGCCAAGGCCCCUUAUAGGUUGGCCCCAACUGAAAUGCGGGAGUUAAUGGUACAAAUACAAGAAUUGCUCGACAAAGUAGACCCGUCAAAGGUGGAAGCCGUUAUGAAGUGGGUACCUCCCAAGAACCCAAGUGAAGUAAGAAGCUUUUUGGGUUUAGCAGGCUAUUAUAGGAGGUUUAUCCAAGACUUUUCUAAAUUGGCCUUGCCGUUGACCAAGUUAACCAAGAAGGAUGAGAAGUUUUCAUGGGGUGCAGAUCAAGAAAGGGCGUUUCAAACCUUGAAAGAAAAGCUGUCGAGUUCCCCGGUACUAACCUUACCAGAUGGAACGGAAGACUUGGUGGUGUUUACGGAUGCGUCACACCAAGGGUUGGGAUGUGUUUUGAUGCAAAGGGGUAGAGUCAUUGCCUAUGCUUCUAGGCAAUUGAAGACACACGAAAGUAAUUACCCAACCCAUGAUUUGGAGUUAGCUGCAGUAGUAUUCGCUUUGAAGAUAUGGAGGCACUAUCUUUACGGUAAAGGCAGAACAUCAGAAACCAUAUGGGAAGUUGCAACCGUUAGAGAUUCCGGUAUGGAAAUGGGAAGAAUUGACGAUGGACCUAGUGACCAAGCUUCCUAA